AUGAGGAUGCUGAUCCCGGAGGUGGGCGAGAUGCGCAAAGCCUCCGAGGGCGGGACCCAGAGCAUCGGGCAGCCGGGAGGCUUGACCUUCGAUGCCGUCGAGGUACCGGUUUGUUGGAACUUCUCGUUGAGUGCCGGCGGCAUGCCCAACAACCUCCGCGACCUCCGCUACCGACCACCGAAGGUGGGCGCCCACGAGCCCACCGAGGUCGGCGCCGGAGGCGCGAAACAUGGCCCCGCGGUGUGGCGUGAGCAAGCCUUGGAGGGAAUCAAAACCAGUGACUUAGGGAAUGGUCCAAGUGGCCCUCGGCAGAUGCCUCAAGGUCAUGGGCACGGGACAAUGGGCAGAUUUAUGCAGGAGGUUGCCAGGGCGCGAUGCCUUCAACACUGCAGAUUGAAAGGGGGCUGA